CGCAGGUUGGAACGGCGGACGAUUGAUAGCGGUGUGCAUUACUGCAAUAUGGCCUUCAUUUGCGAAGAUGCAUAACACCUUGCCGUCUUCUAUGCCAACAACCACAUACCAGUUUGUUGGUUUCGUCCUGUUCUGGAUCUUCUCGGUGCCAUUCUUGUUUGUACGGCCAGAGAAGUUUCGCCUGCCUUUCCUAGUAACCUCCAUUUAUUGUGGUCUCGGUAUGCUUAGCAUGAUGAUCUGGUCCCUCUCGGUGGCCAAAGGUGUCGGACCGCUCUGGACAACUGGACAAACCAUUCCCCAAAACUCGUCCUGGAACCUGCAUUGGCUCGAGAUGAGAGGAAUCAAUCAGAUCAUUGGAGGUAUUGCUGCUGGCAUAACUAACGGCUCGGACUUCUCGCGCUAUGCUCGAUCGCCCAAGAAUUACGUGCUGGGUACUGUCCUCUCGGCAUGGGUCACCGGCGUGCUCGUCAGCUUGAUAGGUCUCGUUGUCACAGCUGCAUGUCAGAAAAUCUACGGCGAAGUGUUCUGGAAUCCACCAGAUCUUCUCAUGCGCAUGAUGGACAGCGGCGAAGGCUCUUCAAAAGCCAGAGCGGGAGUCUUCUUCUUAGCAGCAGGCUUUGCGUUGACAGGAAUGUUCGAGAACGUGUGCGGAAACGCAGUUGCUGGAGGUAUCGACCUUGCGGGUCUUUUCCCUCGCUAUCUCGACAUUCGUAGAGGAGCAAUCUUGACCUUUAUGGCUGUCUGGGUGUGUCAACCAUGGCAGCUGGUCAACAAGGCAGCCACUUUCGUCAGUGUUCUGAGCUCUUUCUCGGUCUUCCUGUCGCCGAUCAUGGGCGUCAUGGUGGUCGACUUCUACCUCUUGCGCAGAGGAAGAAUCCAGCUUAGCCAUCUAUACAGGAUCAAGGAUACCUCAUACUGGUUCAGUAAGGGUGUGAACUGGCGUGCUGUACCAGCUUGGAUAUGCGGGUGGGCGCCUACGAUUGGCGGCCUCGUCGUCACUGUCGGUGGUAUGUCUGAUCCGCCGGCGACUCUAGUCAAGCUGUAUUACAUGGCGUUCCUGGUCGGAUUCUUCGUGAGUGGAACCGUGUUUUACGUGCUCAAUCUGAUCUUCCCAUACCCUGGACUGGGCGACUACGACGAGGUGGACGUCUACGAGACAUUCACACCAAAGGAAGCUGCUAGUCUUGGAGUUGUACAAGUGAAUGAGCCGCAAAUAUUUGAUGGAGUCGUCGUCCACCCAGAGUACGGCAAUAAAGAAGCUGAGAUGGUUGUGGAGAAGCCUUUACGAGACCACUAGAUACAAGCGCUGAGGUUAGAACGGUUAGAGAUUAUCCUGUAUACAUAGUGAAAUGUACAUCAUGCUCGGUCGAGAAGCAUUUG